AGCAAAUCAACCACCACCCAAGCGAGUUUUGGCAAAGUCUGGUGAGCUGAGACAAGAGUAUGAACAUGAAAUGAAUAAGGUAGAAAACUCGAUUGUAGAUCGAUAUGUGACAGUGGCGGAAACUAGGGGGAGGGGGCAACCGCACCUCCCUCCAAUAAUUUCAGAAAACCUUUUUUAAAAUUGAUAGUUGAAUAACCGUGUAACAAAGCUUCAUGUGGCAACUAUUUUCGACCAUGAAAGCGUGGUAAGCUAUAAAUUAAGCUAUACAAUGCAUGGAAUUUAAGGCAAUAUAAAAGUUUAAAGAACUAAGAUUUCCAGGAACAAAAGGUGCAUGUUCGUAUGGUCCCCCAAUGUUUUGCGAAGUGUCUGGCCGGAUUUGCUACAAUAGUAUUUUUUUUGUAAUGAAGAAUAAAUUUUCUAUUUCCAUGACAAUGUUGAUCCAUUCAGUUUGGAAUGGAUGUAAAGAUACAGCAUACGACAAAUAUAUACAAACCAUAUUAUACAAUGUGUGUGAUAUUGCAGAUAAUACAAGUGCAAGAAAAAGAGGAACAAGCAAGUAAGGAUCUUAUCAAAAAUAUUCUUGAAGAAGAACAAGCUCUACAACUACAACAGGAGAAAGAGGAUGAACAGUUGGCCAGGAAACUCUCUAGCCAACAAACUCAGGUAUUGUAUAAUUUUUUUGUAACGAUCAAUAAACCUUAUGCAUAAUGACGUCACAAGGUUUGAUGCCCGCGAGGAGUGCUGGUCUUGGUAGUCAUUGCCUGGGAAAAUGAAACAAUUCAAAAUGGCCACUGUCGAAAUUUUCCCGGGCGAUGACUACUAAGACCAGCAUUCCUCGCGGGCAUCAAGCCUUGUGACGUCAUUAUGCAUAAGGUCUAUUGUCUUUUGAGGCCUGUUCAAUGAGUCCUGCUAACCGGGAGGGAAACUCGCCUGAGUGAGAUCUGCAUGCCCUCUGUUAAAGUGCACCUAAUUAUUUUUAUCAUCUCAUUCUUAAGAACCUCUGAAAUGAUAUAAUAACGACUUUUGAAGAUUUUCGUUUGCUCACUUUGUUUCCGAGAUAUUUAGUUUGUUUGGUAUGCAGAUAUCCGGAAUUUACGUCACAAAUGCAUGGAUAAUGAUUUAAAGUAAAAGCUUGUAUAUCGUAUUCACUAUCGAGUUUAAUUCAUUAAAUGAAGUUUGGAGUUGUGGGAGGAUUACAUAUACCUAUAUGUAAAACACCAUUUAGCCUUUUUAUUUCGUGAUAUUUAACUGUACCUUACAUUCUUUGAUCAGUCAUUAUUUAUAUGUGACGUAAAUUCCGGACAUUUGCAUAUCAAUAAAACUGAAAUAACUCAAACUAAAGUGUGCAAACGAAAAUCUUCAAAAUAAGUUACAAUAUCAUUUCAAAGAUUCUUAGGAAUGAGAUGUUAGAAUGUUAGAAGAAUUGAGGUUAGGUGCACUUUAACACCUAUAAAAUUCAUUGUAUUCAACGAGCCAACCGGCUAGGUGAGAUCUCUGCCUCCUCCGCAGGCCCUCGUUGCGUCAUGGGAAGGUCACACACAAUCUGGCGAGGGCCUGCGGAAUCUUGUAAAAAAAAUGGCGCCGGCGUCACGUCAGCAAAUAAAUUUAUACAUAAUCUUGAAUAUAAACAGGAUUAAAAAAAGCGGCGUGAAACUUGUAAAUUAAAAUGGCGACUCUUAUAGGACGUGGAAGGAAGCGUUUUUUAACGAUAAGGUUUGUUGUCCACACCAACGUUGCACGGAUAAAACUGCCUUCUUUAACGAAGCAGGUUUAGAACAACAUUUAUUCAUUUUACAAGAUUCCGCAGGCCCUCUCGAAAUCGUGACCUUCCCAUGACACAAGAGGGCCUGCGGAGGAGGCAGGUGAAAUCUCGCCUUGUGGGAUCUCAGUCAAGUGGGAUAAAAUCUUCCAUAUGCAUGAAGCUUUUAUCCCACCUGACUAGGAUGGACAUUUUUGGCCGAUUUUGACCUACAAUAUAGUAUUGAACGGCAUAGUUAAUACAAAACGGAAAAUACAAACAAAAAUAAAUAUUAAUAGAACUCAUAGACACUAUUAAAUUUAAAGUCGUAAUACAACUUAUACAAGGUACAGUUUUUGGUGUUUAAUUGCAACAAAAAAUAUUUCGAAGACGCCAUGUUUACACAAUGUUGUCCCACCGAGGAGGGAUAUUACUGUAGGUAGGAUAAAAACAGUCAUAUGAACACAGAAGUGAGCUUCCCAACAAACUGGGCUCAUAUAUGAACAGGCCCUUACUCCUUAGGAGAAAUUUGUCAAUAAAAUCUACAGUAAUGAUGUUGUUUGGAAUUGAAUAACCUGCACUGCAGAAUGCAUUAUACAGUAGGAUGCAGGAUUCAGAUCAGGUGUUUGCUUGCACAGGUUAUUAUACAUAUAUGUACAGUUUUGGCUGUACAUAUACUAUACAGUAACUAAAUGUUUUCCUCUAUAAGGUUAAAACUCACUUCCCAUACUAUGGAAUUUUCAGUACUUAGUAGAUGUGAUGUACAAUUGUUAUUUAUUUUACAUAUCUUGAAAUAGGACAACAAAGAAGGUUCUUCAAAACUUGUCAGAAAUGAAUCAAAAACAGGAGAUGACACUACAAACAUGAACUCCAAAGAUUUAAAGAGAAAGAAAACAACUAAACAUCAAAGAAGAUCCUAUACUUUAAACAAAUACUUUUUCUCCAAGGACAAAGACUCUGGUUAGUGUCUUUUUUAUUAAUUCUACCUUAAUUCAAUGACGACUUGGGAUAAAAAUAUCGUGGCUUUAUUUUCAUUGAAUUGUUUUGUGUAAAUACGGCAUGUAACGUGAUCAAUUAAGAUUUGCUUAUAGAAGAUGUUUAUAAUGUUUUUCACAAAUUUAAAUAUUUAUAAAUAUAUUUGCAGCAUUUUUUAGCACAGUAUUGACACUGCAUGUAUAUACAUGUAUUAUGGUAUAAACUUCAACCAAUUAGAAUUAAACAUUUUUUAAUGUAAUUUUUAUAUAGGAAAUUCAUUAACAAGCAACCCGAAUAGUGAUUAUGACUUAGCUCUGGCAUUACAGAAACAAUUUGACCACGAGGCAGUAGCUGCCAAUAAAAGAGAUGAGUACAUGCUGAGGAAAUCAACACCAGAUAACAAUUGUAGCAAACACACACAGAAAAAUGGACAAGAGAAAUUAGGUAAACAGAAGAAUGGCCAGUCGUAUACCCGUGGUGAACAAAUACCAGAUAAGAUGUUAGUGCAAGUUAAUGGAGACAACACUUUGUUAAUAGAUGAAGAGAAAAUCAAGGUUGUUAACCCACAGAUUCAAAGUAAAGAAAUGCGAAUACUGCGCGACCGCACCAUAAAGUUGGGUGAACAAAAAAACAACAAACAUGAGCUAUGACUAAAUGAAGAAACAUCAUAUAGGAAUGGUGUAUAAUGGCAGUUAAGGUAGCUCGAUAACGUAUUUUGCUGCUCACAGCAUUGCUUUGUGUAGUUUGAGGCAAUGUGCAUUUUGUAUAUGCAUGUUUUCCCUUAGUACACAAACUAUCGGUAAGAAACAAUAUUGUACCCGUGUCUUUACAUAUGGCAUAAAAGUUGUUUUGGUUAUGACUCCUUGGUUAUGACUCCAUGUUUCGCGCAAAAUAGGAAUAGGGUCAAGAUAAGAUCAAAGAGAAAUUAAUAUAUCAAAGAGAAAUAUAUUCUUGCGCAAGUCUAUUAAACAGAUGACAAACACGAAUCACACAUUCUGCAGUUAACGCAUUGACAUUACAGUAUUAAGCUAUUGAGUUGUGUUGGCCACAGCAACGAAACAUUUAAUGACUAUAGUUGCUAGAAUUAUUUUAUCAGAGCUCGUAAAUAUGUUAAAUGACGUAGAUAUAUUUGUAUUAUAUCGUUGUGUUAUUACAGAAUCAUCUUGAGAGAGACGAAAACGUUUUUGACACAUUUGUGAUGUGUUUUUAAUAUACAUGUAUAUUUUCGACAUGAGUUCGCGCACACCCAUGACAAUAGCACGAACAUUUCAAUCUUUCUCGAUCUCGUAUUCAGGGGACUCUCCACAAUUACGUCUCUGAUUACGAAAACGUGUGGGCUAAUAUUCAGAGGUUUACGUCCAAACCCAGGCAAAGAAAAUUCUUGUUAUUAGACAACAAGAAACGGAAAUUCAGCGAACAUAUAACCCAACUCUCCCAUAUGCCAUAUAUAUGUAGCUCAAGGUGACUCCCUGUUAUCUGCUCAUGCAUGUCCAUUAUUAAAUUCAUACCCUGUUCGAUACUGUUCAUAUUGUAUUAAUAAUACUCACGGUCUCUAAUCAAUCGGGAAUGGAGUCCACGAACGAACUAAUCAUCUCCAUCGCUAACGUUUCAUCCU